AUGUCGUCCUUCUUCACAAUCCCCGGGUCGAACAAGAAACGCAAGAGGACGGCCGCCCCCGAGGCCCCCAAGAAGCGAAUUGCAGCCUCCAAGACCGCGAACAGGGCCCCUCCAAAACCAGCAGCGGCCAAGGGCAAGAAGGCCGGCACUACGGGCGCGAAAUCAGCAACGACAGCCUCCAAGAAGCGAAUUGAGCGCGACGACGACGACGAAUCGAUCUCGGGCAGCGACUCGGACGAUGAGAGCAUAGUCAGCGCCGGCUCGGAACAAAACAAUGGCUCGGAGGAGGAAGACGAGGACGAGGUCCCCGGAGAGACGGCCGCAGAGCGCCGGUUGAGGCUCGCAGAGCGGUACCUCGAGAACGUCAAGGAGUCAGUCGACCUGGCGGGCUUCGACGCCGCCGAUAUCGACCGCGAUCUGAUCAACGAGCGGUUACAAGAGGACGUGGCCGAGUCCAAGGGAAAAGUCUACCGUCAGCUCGUGUCGGAGCUCGCCUUCGACCGCGCGACCUCGUCCUUCUUCCGCAACAACACCGAGUCCUUCACCUCUGUCGCCGUCAACUUCCCCUACGCCUACACCACCACCAAAGACCUCUACGUGCACAAGUGGAGGAUACAGGACCUGCCGCAGGACCAGUUCCCGCAGACCACGCGCAAGAAGCCCAAGAAGCCGCCCGCGCCGCCGCGCAAGCGACCCGAGCUGCAGACCUGGCUGAGGGGCAACGUGACCGCCGCCAAGAACAAGUCCUUCCAGCGCCACUUGGAGAAGAUCCUCUGCGUCGCCGCGUCGCCGGACGGCAAGUACGUCGUCACGGGCGGCGAGGACCGCAGGCUCAUCAUCUACGACGCCGAGACGCUCAAGCCCAUCCGCGUCUUCACGCACCACCGCGACGCCGUCACCGGCCUCGCCUUCCGCCGCGGCACAAACCAGCUCUACUCGUGCUCAAAGGACCGCACCGUCAAGGUCUGGAGUCUGGACGAGCUCGCCUACAUCGAGACGCUCUUCGGCCACCAGGACGAGAUCGUCGACAUCGACGCCCUCGCUCAGGAGCGCUGCGUCAGUGUUGGUGCGCGUGAUCGCACGGCACGCCUGUGGAAGGUCGCAGAGGAGACGCAGCUCGUCUUCCGCGGCGGUGCCGUGGACAAGAAGGCCCGCCCAGACGUGGACCCGCGAUCGCUCCCCCACGAGGGCAGCAUGGACCGCGUGGCCAUGAUCGACGACGAACUCUUCGUCACUGGGAGCGACAACGGCUCGAUCGCGCUCUGGGGCGUAACCAAGAAGAAGCCCAUUUUCAUACUCCCCAUGGCCCACGGCCUGGAAGAGCCCCUGCGCCCAGACGAGGCCUCGGCGGAUCACAACCCCGACUCGAAAGUGGUGCCGCCGCCUCAACCACGGUGGAUUACGGCUCUCAAGACAAUCCCAUACUCAGAUGUUAUCCUCAGCGGAAGUUGGGAUGGUUGUAUAAGAGUCUGGCGACUAAGCGAGGACAAGAGGAAGAUUGAAGAGGCGGGUAUUCUCACAUCAGAGGCUGAGCGGACCUCAAAACCGAAAUCUAAUGGCAAGUCGGCGGAUGCCGGCGGUUUGAAGGGAGUAAUCAACGAUAUUGCCAUCUUUGAGCGAGGUGACCGCGGCCAGGACGGCGUUUGCGUCGUCGCUGCGGUUGGCAAGGAGCACAGGUUCGGCAGAUGGCAGAUGAGGAAGGGCAAGGGUAAAAACGGAGGUUACGUGUUUGAAGUACCGAGGGAGGUGAAAAAGCCAGAGGUGAACGGCAACCAUAAUGAUGCAUCGAAUUCGGAAAGCGAGUAA